UCAUUUGGAGUAUUGUUUUUUGCUUAAAAAUAAUUAAAAUGUUCAAGUUAAUAGUCGGCUUAUUAGCAAUUGGUAUUUUACCAAAAUUAUGUGACACUGCUGUGGCAAUCUACCCGAAGGAAGACAAACCACCAGAAUUUGCCUGUCAAGAAGGAUGCUACCUGAAAAAAUUGAACCGAGUAAUAGGGUAUGGCGAAACGUAUUACAACGUAGGAAAAGAAUGUGCGUCGUAUGAAUGUCGAGAUAGCGGUGAAACCGUUCAAUAUACCUGCGGUGUAAUUGCUGCUGGGCCAGACUGCCAAGUGGUGAAAGGUGACCUUAAUUUAAAGUAUCCUGAUUGUUGCUCAAGUGUAAAAUGUAGUAACCGUAAAACAAAAGGACCAAUAAAUACUUUACCUACUGUCCCACCAUCGAAAAUGUGAACCAGAUAUCUGAAGUACAUUAUGUACCAUAUAAUUAAUGUUCAUUAAAUUUUUUUAAAUGCAAUGCGUCAUUAUUUCACUUAGGUAUUUAUUGUCAAUGUAAUAGGCUUCCACUCGAGCUUAUAAGAAUACUAUAGAUUAUUCAUAGUA